AGCACGCUCACCAGCAACCGAUCCUUCAGGGGUGUGUGAGGGAGACACAGCAGAGAAGGGAAAACCUGAGGGCAGAAGGUGAGCUGGAGGCACCAUGGCGAGAUGAGGACUGGAUGGAUGAGACAUCAGAAAGAAGAUAGAGGCGUGGGCUCGAAUACCUGACAGACCACCGGAAGGAUAAGCUGCUCCAUCUGUCUGCUCUGAAUUUCAUCCUGAGCACAGUGACAGAAGCGAUGUGACUCCAAACAGAGCUCAGACUUUUUUGCUGGCAUGCCCCCCCACAGCUUUUCAUGCUAUUACCUUAAUCAUUUGAUCUGAGAAUGCUGGAAGCAGUGAAUGACUUCCAGGGACAGAGCUUCAACAAGCUGAGGCGCUCCUGCCUGCGUCGAGGAGCGCUCUUUAAAGACCCAUUGUUUCCCGCCACCAACCAAUCCUUAUUCUAUAAGAGGGCACCCCCACCUGGAGUGACUUGGAAGAGGCCGAAGGAAAUAUGCAAAGACCCUCGUUUGUUUGUGGAUGGUAUCAGCACUCGUGACUUGCACCAAGGCAGUCUGGGUAACUGCUGGAUGGUGGCAGCCAUUUCCUGCCUGGCAUCUGAGCCGUCAUUGUGGAAGAAGGUCAUUCCUGACCACGUGGAUCAGGAAUGGAACCCAAAGCGCCCAGACUUGUAUGCAGGGAUCUUCCAUUUUAGGUUUUGGCGCUUUGGAAAUUGGGUGGAUGUUGUGGUGGAUGACCGUUUGCCGGUCAAUCAGGAUGGAGUCCUGCUCUUCUGUCGCUCAGCAACACCAAGAGAGUUUUGGAGCGCUCUGUUGGAGAAAGCCUACGCCAAAUUAAAUGGCUGCUAUGAGGCUUUAGAGGGAGGAAACACUGCAGAGGCCCUCAUCGACUUCACUGGAGGGGUUUCAGAGCCUCUCAGCCUGGACUGUGAGGCCCUCAGCAUGCACAGAGAGCAGAGGAAGGCACUCUUCCAGACAUUAGCUAAAGUCCAUGAGCACAAAUCCCUCAUCACCUGUUCCAUCCGGCCAGCAGAGGGGGAGACAGUGGAGUCGGUGUUGGACUGUGGGCUCGUACGUGGGCAUGCCUAUGGCAUCACAGCAGUGAGGAAGGUGAGGCUGGGGGAGAAUCUGCUGAGGACAGACGGGACGUCCCGUCUCUUUAUGGUGCGCAUGAGGAACCCGUGGGGGACCACGGACUGGAAGGGGGCCUGGAGUCAGGGGUCAGAGCAGUGGCAGCAGCUGAGCCGUGCAGAGAGGGAAAAGAUGGGGAUUGUUGUCCGAGAUGUUGGGGAGUUCUGGAUGGAUUUCCAGGACUUCUGCUGCUACUUUACUGACGUGGUGGUGUGCAGGCUGGUGCAAAGGACUCUGCUGUGGCCGAGCUCUCAUUGGAGAGAAACUCAAAGCUAUGGGGAGUGGGCUUCAGCUCCAGCUGCUCCCACCACAGCACCUACUGCCAUUAAGAGGUACAGCAGCACCACUCUGAAUCUAAAUACGAUUAACAACAGGCCUGGAGGGACCAAGCAGAGAGGGAAUGAUGUAAGGGAUGAAGGAAGGAAAAGAGAAGAGGAGAUUGACAGGAAGAGUCGAUGUGGGGGAUGUAUCAACCACAGGGACACCUUUCUGCACAAUCCACAGUUCAUGUUUGAGGUGCAGAGGAAGGAAGAAGAGGUGCUGAUCUGUCUGCAGCAGCAGGAUAGGAGGGUCUUAAAGAAAAAUGGGGGAGGAGAAAACCUGCCCAUAGGCUUUGAGGUGCUAAAGGUGGAGGUAAACCGCUGCAGCAGGGUGCAGCAUUUGGUGGAGCAGGCAGCCAGCUCCAUCUACAUGGACUCCCGCAGCGUGACUCUCAGAGGAACUUUGACCCCGGGUCGAUACGUGGUGCUGCCAACCACCUUCCUGCCAGGCGAUACUGGACGCUUCCUGCUGAGGCUAUUCUCACACUCUCGUGUCCAACUCAGGGAACUGAAGAACGACCUGCCAUUGCCAUCAUUGUUCCAGUGUUUUCUACCUCAGCAUGCAGUAGUCACCACAGUCCAUCUCCGAAAAGCAUCUGGACUCAGAGCCCCCAAACAGACAGCUCCAGAUGUUUACGCUGUGGUGCGAUGUGAGGGCGACGUUGUCAGGACACGAGUGUUCAAAGAGGAUGGAAACCCCGAAUUCAACCUCCGAGCCAUCUUCUACAGAAGAUACCCUGACACUAACAUUGCUGUCGAGUUAUGGAGCAGAGGUGUGCUGUGGGACUCUCUACUCGGAGAAGCCCGACUCCAGACGACGGAAUCCGAGAAGAGCCGGAGCCUUGUGAUUGACCUGCGUGGUGGGCGGAUGGGUUUCAGACCAAGGGGCUGCAUCCAUUUGGAGACUUCCACCAGCAUCUGCCUCACAGACUUGUGACAACAUCUUCAGCGUUCCCAUGGUAGUACCAAGAUCAGCUGCGUGGACGAAGAAGCAAAUAUAAAGAAAAAGUAUCUGUCAGGGAAAUUAAAUAUACAGUAGUGAACCCUUU